CUGGAGCCCGAGUCUGGGGUCCGCAGCCGCACUUGGGGGCCGUGGCUGCGCGCGCCCAGAUGAGUGGCCUUGGAAACACCAUGGACCUGCUGGCCGCCUCAGUUUCCCUGUCAGUCUGUGGGUUUAUUGGGAUUCCGCGGCUACCACCUCCACCCCUGCAGCGGGCUGCGUGUGCAGUUCUGUCGGGGAAGGGGUGUUUGCAGCAGGCAUGUCAGAAGAUGAGGCUGCUCAGCCGCCCAGAACCAGCUCGUGGGAACAGAACCAGCAGAACGUGGUGCAGCGCGUGGUGGCCCUGCCGCUGGUCAGGACCACGUGCACCGCUGUCCUCGAUGCUUACAGUGCGGCUAAGGACAGGCACCCGCUGCUGGGCUCCGCCUGCCGCCUGGCUGAGCACUGCGUGUGUGGCCUGACCACCCGCGCCCUGGACCACGCCCAGCCGCUGCUCAGCCACCUGCAGCCCCAGCUGGCCACAGUGAACAAUCUCGCCUGCAGGGGCCUGGACAAGCUGGAGGAGAAGCUGCCUUUUCUCCAGCAACCUUCGGACACGGUGGUGACCUCGGCCAAGGAUACGGUGGCCAGUGGUGUGAUGGACGUGGUGGGCCUGGCCGGCCAGAGCUGCCACUGGAGCGUGGACCUGAAGAGGUCCAUGAGCCACGCUGUGGAUGUCGUGCUGGGCAAGUCAGAGGAGCUGGUGGACCACUUCCUGCCCAUGACCGAGGACGAGCUCGGUGAGGCCGGCACCCUCCCGCCCUGCCCUGCCCCUGAGUCCUUCUGCCCAGUCCGCACCCCUGGAGGUGACGGAUCAGAGAAGUCCGGGACUUGGGCAGGGCCACCUAGCAGUUCAUCAGGAAACACCAAGCUGGAGCCCAGGCCUGAUGUCCCCGUCCAUGUCCACGGCCCCCCGACCCACAUCCUGCUAGAAAUCAGACACGCAGACCCUAAGAGUCUACAGGGCUUAGAGACUUGAGGGCGCUGGCCUCAAACUGGCCUAGGCAGCGCCUUUAGAAUGUUUUGCUUCAUCGCAUGCAUUUAACCGUCAGAUUGUGCCCUCCAAAUCCUGAUUUGUGGCCUGUCCUCAAACACUAAACGCUCGGGCUAAAGGGCAUCUGCCCUCUCCCGGGGCGCCCGGCCGGCUCAGUUGGUGGAGCGUGCGGCUCUUGAUCUCGGGGCUGUGAGUUCGAGUCCCAUGUUGGGAGGUAGA